CUGCCUGCUUGCAAGGCAGGCGCUUAUGCCGCUUUGCUAAAUCUCCAGCCCCCCAUUUUUUAUUUAACUUUUAGGAGAUAGAAUGAUUCAAACCUCUUGGAGAAAAAAAAAAUCUUAAUUUUAUUAUGGGGACUCAGUUCCAGAAACAGUACCAGUCAAAAGAGAUUGUAUCAAAGCUGCAACACUAGGAAUCAACUUCACAGUAGACUUUCCAUUCCUGGAGCCCAGGACGGGAAUCUCCCCUCACAGACCAGUUUCCACACAGUGGCAGCAGUACCCUCUCAGCUUUCCUACCUCUUUACCCCAGGUGGCCCCAAAUCCCCUGUGAAAGGGUUCAGUUCAGGUAUCAGCACAGCCACCUGUAAGACUUGGGAUGGAGCGGAGGAUACAGUCGGUUUAGAUCAAGUGUUCUGAGUGAUCCCCAGUACGAAAUAGCUGGGAAGGAGCUACCAUAGACUGUCCCAUGUGGAGCUAGACCAACACAAAAUGUUCUGCCUUGGCAUGAACUGAAUUAUCCCAAGCGCUCGGAUUAGUCAAGGCAUCAAACAGGAGACAGCGCUGAGUUGUACCUGGCAGGAAGUCUGGAGUUUCUGGUUUCGAAACUCAAGAGGUCGGACCUAGGGGAGGGGCCUCCACCCAGGGUAGGGAGGGUAACUGGGGCAGGGCUCCUGACCACUAAGCAACGCUGUUGCUCAGCCAGAGACAACUCAUAGCGGAGGAUACCAACAGGCUCCCCAAAACUCAGGGAAGUGGAGACAUUUCAGCUUUGAUCAUCUAAGACUCCGCUUCAGUUCCAUUUGUCCUUCAGAGGCCUCUGCCUAUCCUGCAUCCCAGAGAUGGAGUCAUUAACAGGAGUAAAGCUGGGCUGCCUGUUUGCCAUGCUCGCUCUCACCCUUGUCUGCGGCCUUGGUCCCAUCUGCUCCAAAUGGUUCAAGGUGGAUGUAGCUACAGGUCACCACCGGAGAGUCCUCAGCCUCCUGGGCUGUACUUCUGCUGGUGUUUUCCUGGGAGCAGGUUUCAUGCAUAUGACUGCUGAAGCCCUGGAGGGAAUUGAAUCACAGAUCCAGAAGGUCACGGGGCAGAAUACAACAAGAAGCAAGAGAAAUUCUUCUAAUGAUGCUGACUCAGUCUUUGUGGAGUAUCCCUAUGGAGAACUCAUCAUCUCCCUGGGCUUUUUCCUUGUCUUCCUUUUGGAGUCGCUGGCACUGCAGUGCUGUCAAGGGGCUGCUGGACAAUCAACAGUGCAGAAGGAGGAGGAAAGGGGCGGGGACCCUGUCUUUGAUUUCCAUAGCCAUGAGUCUCUGCGUUCACCCAAGCAGAGUCCCUUUCGAGCCUUCAUCCUCUUGCUGUCCCUCUCCUUUCACUCGGUGUUUGAAGGGCUAGCCGUGGGGCUCCAGCCAACAGUAGCAGCUACUAUACAGCUCUGUCUUGCCGUCCUGGCUCAUAAGGGGCUCGUAGUGUUUGGUGUCACACUGCGGCUGAUAAACACAGGCACUGGGUCUCGAUGGGCAAUCGCCUCUAUACUGUCAUUAGCUUUCAUGUCCCCUUUGGGCCUCACCCUAGGGAUGACCAUAGCUGCAGGGGACCCUGAAGGUUGGAAGGGCUUAGCCCAGGCCAUAUUGGAGGGUCUUGCAGCUGGCACAUUCCUGUAUGUGACUUUUCUAGAAAUCUUGCCCCGGGAGCUAAGUAGCUGUGAAGCCCCUCUGGCUAAAUGGGGCUGUGUAGCUGCUGGUUUCGCCUUUAUGGCCUUUAUUGCCAUGUGGGUCUAAAUGAGUCCU